AUGAGCAAGAAGACUCUUGUGCAGGACCACCUCCGGAUCUUCAUGGAUGGCGAGCUAAACCAUGAAGGCGGUUACUCNCUGCGCCACUACAGACCUGGCCANAAGAUCAAAGGCGUCGCCAGCUACUCGCCAUCUACAGAAGUAAAAGUCCAUACAAUGACCAUCAUCUUCAAAGCAACUCUCUACAACGAAAUCGUAGAGAGCGGUCAAGCCUCCUACGGUUCCGUCCGCACAGGGCACCAAAGCCUCUUUCGUUACGAAAAGAUCAUCCUCCAAGGUCCGCACAAGGUAUCGCCAAAACCUCACGAAUGGCCUUUUGAAUUCGAGUUGCCGGAAAGAAUCAAGGUGCCUUUUGUGACAGACUUGCAACCCGUGCCUCCCACUUGGAAUGUCAUUAGUGCAGCCAAAGUCCUGUACUCGUUGAAGUUGUGCGUGAAUCCACAUCGCAACACCAAUUCCAUGCAGAUUGAACGCGACAUCAACGUCUGGCCAUUCGAACACACCUCACUACCCGUCCCAACACCAGAAACACAACUUCUCAUGGAUGCAGAGUCGCAAAGGAUAAACCAGAUGACACGACGACGUUCCUCUACACUGAGUUUAACACAACAACUGUCUCGUAGACGCUCUUCCACAAUCAGUCUACCCGACCCUCUGAAUCUUGCAAUCUGCAUCCCUUCCUCCCUCGGCGCAUGGCANAAAUUCGACAUCAAACUCGUGUGUCACAACAAUGCCAUCACAACACCCGAAACCUCUCCAACUCUAAAUCUUCAAACCUGUGAAUUGGCUUUGAAAGCUCAAGUCUCGUUUACAACUUCAAGACCUUCGCUUGUCAACAAUGACGACCCCAAACCCCCAAGUCUGCCAAUUGCAAAGUUUAAGUUACUGGGAAAAGGCUUGCAGAUCCCUACUUCAGCAAUACCAGUCACAGUCAAAAGGGAUAUGAUGCUACUAGACAUGACUAGAGGUGAUGCCUCCCUCUUGGUGCCAAACUUUUCCAUCGGUGCUUUCAAACUCGAAUAUCUGCUGGACAUAACCGUCCAGCUCCAAAACCUCAAAACUGGAAAUAUGAUUGAGAGAAGAGCAGAACUGCCACUUAAGAUUUUGCCAGGUGGGUUGGAGGAGGAUAGAAGUGAUGAGGAUCCAGAUGCUCCGCCGGGCUUUCAUGAGGUGGUGGCGCCGCCGGAGUAUGAAGAUGAAGAUGGUGUGUUGUGGGCUGGGGCGAUGCAUAAUUCGCCGGCGUAUACGCUUACUGCUUGA